AUGGAGCGGGUUGUCAGUGGCAGGGAUGUUGACGAUGGUGGCGAUGGUGAUGAUGACCUUGUUGUGGUGAGCAGUGGUAGCUGGGUGUGCGACCUCUCUGCCACAGAUGAUGUAAAUGACGAUGACGACGAUGACGACGAUGACGACGGAGAAGGGGUGCCGUCGCUGUCGCUGGCGGAGCGGCUGGCCCAGCGUCGGCCAUCGCUCAUGGCGCAGCACACGGGGUCUGCCGCCAACAAAGUGUGCUCGGGCCUGCAGCUGGAUCUGGGCGAUGGAAGCACAGCGGCCACGUCUCCGCACCAGCCCCGACGGCGACAGCAGCGGCGGCAGCACCAACGUCAGCGCGGCAGCCGUGAGGCCAGAGGCACAGCAGUUGUGGACGGAGGCGGUGACACUGAACCAGACAACAGCAGCGACGACGACGGUCACGGCAGUGAUAGCGAUAGCUUACCGAGCACGCAGCUAGCCGUCGGAACAGCAAAGCACAGCUACAACGAGAGUGCCGACGACAAUGGCUUUGGCAGCAGAGAAGUGGCUGUACGUGUCAACGCACGCAAGAAGGCCAAGGUGGGGACGACAACGCAGGCAGAGCCGUCGCGGAGCAACAGCGGGAACCAAGCGCAAACAAUGACGCGACGGGAGCAGCAAGCUCUGGCGAAGGAGCAGCGAAAGCGAGAGCGAGAGCAGAGGAAGAAGCAGAAGGAACACAGCACUGCUGUGCGCAAGCUUGUGCGUGCCACGUCCAAGAAGAAAGAUGUGGCUGCUCACCUCGCCACCAUGAGGUGCCACAUCUCUUCUGCGCUGCUCAAGGAUCGCGCACGGUCUGCGCUGCGGGAAACGCUGUCGCAACACGAUGUCACCAUCGUGGAGGAGCACGACGGUCCACUGGCCGCGUUGGGCCGUACAGUGUGGUGGCAGCGCAGGCGCGAUUCUGUGGACACACAGCAGGCCCAAGUUGUGUCCACCCUCGAAGACGAGCCACACUUGCUCGUCCUGGUGUCAGGGAAGGAGCUGGUUACUCUCAUUGACAAGGAGAGCGGCUUGAAGGACUUCAUUGCUUCCAUCAAGGCCGCCAUUGACCCGACAUGGAAGAUCACGCUUGUGAUUGAAGGGCUGGAACGCUUCUUCCGUGCGCAGGACAGCAAGGAGCACCGCGCAUUCGUUGCACAUGUGCACGGCGGUGAGAGCGGCGGUGGGAGAUCGGCGAAGCGGCCCAGCAGAUCCGCCCGCAACAGCGCACCCGGCACCAGCGUCACACGCGUCAUCGCCGAGCACGUGCUGGUGUGGCUGCAGAUGGAUGCAGAGGUGUAUCCCCGACUCACUACGUCUCCGUCAGAGACAGCAGACCUCCUCCUCCGGAUGACAAAGGCCGUGGCGACGUCUGUUGACAAGAAGCCGCUGACGCAAUUCAACUUUUACCCACACGUGGAGCGCUGCGUCAAGGUGGACGCCAAAACGUUUGAUGGCAUGCACGAGCUGUGGGUGAAGCAGCUCAAAUGCUUUCCCGGCGUGUCCCUCGAAACCGCACACGCGAUUGCACAGCGGUUUCGCUCUCCGCACGCCCUCACCGAGGCGCUCUGCUUGCAAGGACUGGAGGCAGUCUCAGAGAUGGUCCCGCGCGGGCGCCGGCAGCGCAUUGGCCGCGCAAUUGCUGCCAGAAUGCUCAAGUUCUUCACCGCCACAGACCCGGACCAGCCGCUCGCAUAGCGCACGCAGGUCCAAUGCGCUGUGCUCUAGCCGUUGCGGGAAUUCUUCUUGCUCUUUACAUGUAGUCUAUUCGAAUAGAUAAUUGAUUGACA